UGCAGAAAAUCGUUCAAGAAAUGGAUAAUUUUAGCAGUUUUUCUUUCAUUAGCAGUCAUCUCUGUAAGGAUUUUAUCGUCUCCUGGCGCCAUCUAUGAAAAGCACUUGGUAAUAAACCGGAAUGAUGCCUUGGAUUUCCAAAGGCUUCUGUAUUAUGUACAACAUCCGAAAACUCUAUGCCGUACGGCACUUUCCUUAGGAGGGAGCAAAGAUGCACGAAACAGGAUGGAUGGAGACAAAAUCAUUUGCCAAGAUGCUGGAGCGCCUCUGAAGCCGCCCUGUAUAGUAUAUUCUUUCGGUGGUAAUGAUGAGUGGUCAUUUGAAGAAGAUAUCGAAAAAUUUGGAUGCAAAGUCUACACCUUCGAUCCUAGCUUACUAAAAGACAACCACGAACAUAAGCCUAAUAUUUGGUUCUACCGUGUUGGAAUUUCAGAUUUCAGUGAAGACAGGUUCAUGCCCAAAGAAAUGACAACUUGGCGAAUGCGCACUUUGGACGAAAUAAUGGAAUCUCUUGGACACAAAGACAAAACUAUCGAUGUCCUUAAAUUAGAUAUUGAAGGAGACGAAUGGAAUGUUUUAGAAGAUAUGCUUCGUAAAGGUUUAUUGAAGAAAAUCAACCAUUUAUGCGUGGAAAUUCAUCUGCAUUCGAUGGACUGGAUUCGAAAGUUAAGUAUUCUUAGACGUUUAGAAGACGAAGCUAAUAUGCGAUUCUUCAGCUCCAGGAAAAAUCUAGUCACCAAGCCGAGGCUUGUUCCAGGACUAAGUAAUAGAACUGAACAGCUUUUUUACGAACUUGCUUGGUAUAGAGCACUUGAAUCGUAGACUGUUCGGAAACUUUUAAUACUGGAAAACCACAUCGAUUUCUUUCAUUGCUUGAAGUAGGUGGCAGUGAAGCCAGCAUAAUAUAAGCGUGGCAUAAUAUCUAGCUCGGUAAAGUGGAAAGAAAAACUAGGGCACUGAAGGAAAUUCAGUUGCCGUCUUAAAUCAACAAUCUUGAGAGUGUAGUUUCAAGCGAGCAAAUGCUAUUUCAUCAAGCGUGUUGACUUCAACAUGAAAUGAACAAGAAUUCGAAGUAAAAGAUACUUGUUUUGCAGCAAAAUAACGAUAGAAUAUUAAUACUAUUCACAUAUGGUUUGGUACAGGAUUACAGAAAAGUGUUUCCUUAAGUUUUAGAGAUGGAGAGUAAACCAAAGAAUCCGUAAACUGAGAAGUAAUGUGUGAUUUUUUUAAAUUAUUUAUUUAUUGAAGAAAUAUUUUUCUUCGAAUCUUGAGUAUAAUUUCUUCUCGUGUAUUAUUAUUAUCGUUUUAUAUCUAAGGUACUGGCGCUAGUGGAUAAUACCCGUAACCUCUUCACCGCCGUACAAAACUUAAAUAGCUGCUUGUUUUUUGCCCUCCAAUGAAAAAUAUUUUCCGUCUGAAAUGGGCGUAGAAAUAUUUCUUCCCUCCUUUCACCAGCUUUCAAGAAAUAUUUAGGAAACCGCUUACAUGUCGUCACACUCAAGGGUGCUCAUACCCAAGAGAAUAUCAAUCGUCUUCAUACCCAAGAGAAAAAUUUUGUGUCCCCAGUGUCUUAUCUAAACAUUGAUAAAAACGAUUCCCUAAAGGUACUCUUUCAAAUGACCAGUAGUUUCAUUGCAGUACCAGCUGAAAGGGUAGUGGAAGUGCUUUCUGAGUUUUUUCAAGGUAAUAUAUUUUGUGUGAUCCUAAUACUACUCCGCUG